AUGGCUUCUUCAGCUAAGUUUGUCGCUUUUGCAGCCCUCUUGCUGCUUCUAAACAGUAUUGAUUGCUACAGUCCAAAACGACAACCAAGAGUAACUACUACAGAUAGCGUUUAUAUUGAUAACUUUCCCGAAGUCGAAUAUCCCGGUAGCAUCACGGAUACAAUAAAACCUUUUUAUUUAAAUGCCAACCCGUUUUCCAGUGACGUUCAGUCUUCAUUUAAAUCCCUUACCUCUGGAGGGACCACUAAAUCAAGGCCCACUAUAAUUCUUAAUAUUAAUGCAAGCGACAAUUCUAAAGAUAAAACUAAACAUAAACUUGUAACUCCAGAGAAAGCGAUCCCAACUCAAGAAAAUAAUAUUUCGGAAACGGAUAUUAAUUUAAAUGAUGAAAAAACUAGCAAUAAACCGUCAAUAGUACUAUUCGAAGACGAUUUUGGCUGUCAAGAGACGAAUAAAGAAGUUACAAGCCGAGCAGAAGAAGAAGAGUCAAGUAUUGAUUCAGAAAUGGCAUACGUUUUAGGGUUCAUCGACAAUUUAGAUGAUUUCAUAACAACACGUGAAGUCGAGACAGAGUUUAUUGAUUUUACCAAUUCUAGUAUGCAAAUAUUUGACGAUGAACACUCAAAUGAAAUUGCAACAAUAACUUCGGAUGUACCAUUGGUAAACAGUUUUGUUGCUGAAUCGAAUGAAUCAUCACAUACAGAAACAAAUGUAUUUGACGAAUUAGCAGACAAUUCAACAGUUGCUAGUUGGUUAGUAAACGGCGGUUUAACAGAUUCAAGUGAUUAUAACGAUACUGAUUUGUUAAUUGGGAAGAUAUCUAACGACACUGACAUGUUGUAA